AUGAUGAUGAGACACUUGGCAGCUAUUGGUGAAACGUAUGCCCAAAUUGCCCUUGAAGAUGCUGCUUGGAACCUGUGGCAUGUAAAUCCUUCUCAGGCCAGCACAUCUACAUCCACUUCUUCUUCAAACAAUCUAAAUCCUUUCACAAGUAUUGUAAGACACCAAGGAGGACACACUACUCGGGGUGGGGGUGGGUCCCUUAUCAGAACCAUGCCAACUCCACUUGUCCCGGAUGUUGACUUGUCAAACAUAAUCGCCAUGGUUGAAACCGUUCGUGAAGUCCUUCCCCAUGUCCCUGAUGAAUUAAUAUUACAGAUAAGGAAGGUAGAUCCGACUUGGGACAUGGAGGCUGAUGAAGGAGACAAUUACACACAUAUUCCAGUAAGAAAUAGAGUUGGAUGA